AUGAGCAAGUCAUUUAGUACCAUAAAACAAGUUAGAGGUGAAAGCAUUGUUAUAAACCCUCUCAUUCUCUUUCAACAAAAAAAGAAUAACACUAGCAUUAUGUUUCACCUCUUAUUUGUGGUGUUUUUGUUGGUGAAUGUGGCAACUUGUGAAGAUGCAGAUGGAAGAAAGAGGGGUUUGAUUCCUGCCAUGUUUAUAUUUGGAGACUCUCUGAUUGACAAUGGCAAUAAUAAUAAUUUGCCAUCUUUUGCAAAGGCCAACUAUUACCCAUAUGGAAUUGAUUUUGAUGGUGGCCCUACUGGUCGUUUUUCCAAUGGUUACACUAUGGUUGAUGAAAUUGCUGAACAACUAGGACUACCACUGAUUCCAGCACACUCAGAAGCUUCAUCAGGAGAACAAAUGCGGUUUGGAGUAAACUAUGCCUCUGCUGCUGCUGGCAUUCUUGAUGAUACUGGCAGGAACUUUGUCGGGCGCAUUCCAUUCAAUCAACAAAUAAAAAACUUUGAGGAUACACUUGAUGAAAUAACAGACAAUCUUGGUGCACCGGAUGUGGCACAAGCAUUAGCUAAAUGCAUUUUCUUUGUAGGAAUGGGAAGUAAUGACUACCUCAACAAUUACCUUAUGCCUAAUUAUGAUACUAAGAAUCACUAUAAUCCUCAACAAUAUGCCAAUCUCUUGGUUCAACAGUAUACCCAACAACUCACUAGAUUGUAUAAUCUUGGAGGAAGAAAAUUUGUGAUUGGUGGAGUAGGACUAAUGGGUUGCAUUCCAAGCAUUCUUGCAAAAAGUAAUAGUAAUGUGUGUUCAGAAGAAGUGAAUGAGCUUAUUCUUCCAUUCACUAAUAAUGUUAAGUCAAUGCUGCUUACCAACUUAAAUGUCAAUCUUCCUGGUUCCAAAUUCAUCUACAUUGACAUUAACAACAUGUUCCAAGAUCUCCUUACCAAUUACAGACAAUAUGGAUUUAGUGUGAUAAAUAGAGGGUGCUGUGGUAUAGGGAGAAAUAGAGGACAAAUAACAUGUCUGCCAAUGCAAACACCAUGUCCAAAUAGGGAUCAAUACAUAUUUUGGGAUGCCUUUCACCCAACAGAGGCAGUCAACAUCUUGUUUGCAAGGAAAGCUUUUAAUGGUGGUCCUGAUGUUGUUUAUCCCAUCAACAUUCACCAACUUGCCACCCUUUAAUUUGUGUUACUUAGUUGACA